AUAGAAAAAUUCUCGUCAACCCGCGAUGUUCCCAAAUCGUUCAGUGUUGCCACUGUUCGUAAAUUAGUUUAUGGUGCAUGGAUCAUAGGUUGUCUUUCUGUAUUGGCUCCUGCAGCAGUAAUGAGCGGUGUAAGAUCCAAUAUUAAUGCUACACAUUACACAGUGGUCUGUAAAAUCGAUAAAAACAAUCUUACUUACAGAGUAAUUGGACAGGGCUUUGGAUUGAUACAGUUCUUGAUACCAAGCAUUGUUUUGCUUUGUAUCAACCUCAUCAUAGUCAGAAGAGUAUGGAAAAGGCAAAGUAGAAGAAUUAACAUACAACGAGACAACGCCAUUAGGGUGGAAAUGAGAUCGUCUCAAAUCAGAGGAACAAAUCUUCUCAUUUUCUUUACUUUUGUUUCCAUUGUUCCUUAUUCAUUUUUUACUUGUUUCUCAGUCUACGUGAACUUUGCUAAACAUUCACUGAGUAAACUUGAGGCAGAUUUUAUAUUACGCUAUCUUGGAGGAGCGCUGUUCUUUUCGAGCAGCGCGAUAAAUUUUAUCAUGUACCUGGUUCAAAUGAAAAGUUUUCGGGUAUUCUUAAAGACCACUUUCUGUGGUAAGGGCACUGAUACUAACAAUAAAAACCAAUCCUUAGAAAACGGAGCUUGCGUGUAUACAAGGCACGAAGGAGGCCAAGUCUCAGUGAGGAUUAUGGCCGAAUGA